AUGCGCACUACGAGCGACUCCCAAAGUGGCGAUAUAGCGGGUGUAAAAAUGCACAAGCUGAAGUCGUCGCAGAGGGACAAGGUCCGGCAGUUUAUGUCCUUCACGCAGGCGGGUGAGAAGACUGCCAUCUACUGCCUGACACAGAAUGACUGGAAGCUGGAAGUGGCCACCGACAAUUAUUUUCAGAACCCGGACUUGUACAGCAAGGAGUCCAUGAAGACAUCGGUGGACCGAAAGAAACUGGAGCAACUUUUUAACCGUUACAAAGACCCCCAAGAUGAAAACAAAAUCGGCAUCGAGGGUAUUCAGCAGUUUUGCGACGACCUAGUUCUAGAUCCAGCUAGUAUCAGCGUUCUGGUCGUGGCGUGGAAGUUUCGUGCCGCCACUCAGUGCGAGUUUUCGAAAAAGGAGUUCAUGGACGGCAUGACUGAGUUGGGGUGCGACAGCACAGACAAGCUUAAGGCCAUUUUGCCGAGACUGGAGCAAGAGCUGAAAGACGGCGGGAAAUUUAAGGAUUUCUACCAGUUCACCUUUAAUUUUGCCAAAAAUCCAGGACAGAAAGGUUUAGACUUGGAGAUGGCUGUCGCUUACUGGAACUUGGUUCUUCUAGGUAGAUUCAAGUUCCUGGAUCUUUGGAAUCGAUUUCUUUUGGAACACCAUAAACGCUCCAUCCCAAAAGACACAUGGAACUUGCUGUUGGACUUCGGGAACAUGAUAGCAGAUGACUUGUCCAACUAUGAUGAGGAGGGGGCGUGGCCUGUGCUUAUAGACGACUUUGUGGAAUUCGCUCGACCCAUCGUGACGGGAACGAAACGUAAAACUCUCUAA